AUGCCCAACCAAAUCAAAGACAUCACCACCACCGACGAGACUACCUUCUCUUACAUCUUCGAGCAGAAUGUAACCAUCACGCUCAAGGACCAGUCAGGUCUUGUCCGUUGCAAUGUCUAUCGCCCCAAAACUUCCGAGAAAGUUCCCGUUCUAGUUACAUACGGACCCUACGGAAAGGACAUUAGCUAUGAAGCAUUCCACCCACAAAGCUUCAGCGAGGUCAACCCAGAGCAGCGCUCUGAACACUCUGCCUGGGAAACACCCGACCCCAAGUUCUGGACUAGCAACGGGUAUGCCGUAGUACGCGCCGACGAGCGCGGCACAGGCCAGUCCGUUGGGAAACUUGACACAAUGUCCCGCGGAACUAGCGAGGCUUUCUUCGAUGUCGUGGAAUGGGCAGCCGAACAGCCUUGGUCCAGCGGCAAAGUCGGUUUGCUGGGAAUCAGUUACUUCGCAGGCAGCCAGUGGCGCGUGGCUGCACGCCAGCCCAAGGGUCUAUCAUGCAUUAUUCCUUGGGAAGGUAUGUCAGACUACUACCGAGACCGAUGCCGACAUGGUGGAAUUCUGUCGAACAAGUUCAUCAAGUUCUGGUGGGAUCGCCAAGUCGUUAGUAACCAAUACGGUCUUGCUGGUCGUGCGGUUCGCAACUGGGGUCCUGAUACCAUUGAGGGUGAUUUGCCCGAAGAGGAACUCGUCCAGAACCGUCAGGAUCAAACUGUCGAUAAUGUCGAUAACAAGUUCCGGGAUGAUUUAUACUAUGCUUCAAAGGAGUACAGCAUGUCCGACAUCAAGGUACCAUUGCUCUCUGUCGCAAACUGGGGUGGCAUCCUGCUCCAUCUUCGUGGUAACGUUGAAGGGUACACACAUGCUGGAUCGGAGUUGAAAUACCUGCGCUUUAUUACCGGCCGACAUGAUCUCCCCUUCUACUAUAAGGAAGAGGUUGAGCUCCAACGCAGCUUCCUCGAUGCCUUCUUGAAGGGAGACGAUCGCGCAGGCUGGGCAAAUGGUACAGCACCCAAGGUUGAUAUGGUUCUGCGCAAGGGAGACGUUGGACACAACAACGCCGAGGGCGAAAAGACCUUCCCUCGCCGACAGGAGAAGGAAUGGCCCAUUGCCCGAACCCAGUACACAAAGUACUACCUGACAUCCCAAAAAGAGCUUGUCACCUCAGUACCCACCGAAUCACGCUCAACUAAAGUUUCCUACCAAGCCCUUGGAAACCUGGAUGAUCCCCAGCUGGUACAAUUCACCACCAGCGCUUUCGAGACCGAAACCGAAAUUACGGGCCAUGUCGUGGCGCACCUGAACGUGUCAAUGAGUGCAAAUGCCGGUGCACCAACACCGCAGGAUAUUGAUUUAUUUGUGACAAUGCGCCACAUCUCGCCUGAGGGGAAAGAAGUGUUCUACACGGGAACAGCCGGUGAUCCUGUACCGCUGUGCAAGGGCUGGCUGCGGGUUUCGAUGAGACAGGUUGACCAAGAGAACCCGCGCAACCGUCCCUGGUUGCCUCAUCGUAACUACUACUCGACCGAUGCGCGUCCUGUGAUUCCUGGGGAGGUGUAUGCGGUUGAUGUGGAGGUUUGGCCGACGAAUGUUGUUGUUGAGAAGGGGGGUAAGAUUGUCCUAGAGAUUAGCAGUGGAGAUACGCAGGGUAGCGGAAUUUUCCAGCAUAACUCGCCUGUUGAUCGAUCUACUGAACGCUUCCAGGGCCAGAACCAUAUUCACUUUGGUGUUGCAGAGAAUUAUGUUACUCUGCCUAUUAUUCCAUCUGCUUAA